GUUAGGCUCUCAGAAGCCCCUUCAAGGACACUGUGGGUCUGUCGGUGUGUGAGAAAAAGAGAGAGUGAGUGAGAGAGAGACUGUGUUUUUAGGGCCCUUCAGUGAAGAUUAUGCAGCUGUGUUUCACAAUGGAACAGCAAUGGCGAUGAGGGGCCCAGUUGAGCCUCGCUUCUGAUCUGUUUCUUGUGGCGUUAGUGGAGCUCCAGUGAACUAGUUUAUGGAUGAUGCUUUAGUUGUGGUGCAUUUGUGGGUGGGUGUGUUGGAAAAGCCUGGCAGCUCAGAGUUUUAAGUGAGCUUAGGACUGUGGAGCAGGUAGGCCUUGCCAUAACAUUGCUCACUUUGCUUUUGAGCGUGUGGCCGUGGGAGGCAUGGAGGACGUGAGAGAGAGAGAUAGUGUCUGGGAAUUUGCAGAGACAUGAGCACCAAGACCUUUCGUUUCCGAGGAGUUUCGUGACAGAUAUCUUUAGUGGGUAUUGGUGUGACUGAACCAGCCCCCUUCGAUUAUCGGCGUCAGCUUCCAGUUAUUUUUUAUUUUUUAUUUCUAUGGAUUUAAGGACAGGGAGAUUUGAUUACAGAGUAGUGUUUUGUUUUCAAGGCGUUUUUGAACCCCAGUGAUGCGGACAGAGCUUGUUUCAGUUUGUUAUGUGCCGUGGACUGCCUCUGUGUGAGGUUUAUCGAAGUGGUCUUAGGUUCGGUGGUUUGAAGAGUAGUUCCUGCAGUAAUUUGAAGGCAUGACUUGAUCAAGGCUGGCAGUUAUUAGCCUGCUCCUCCUCCAUGGCUGCAUCAGGGAAGAGAUUUUCCGGAAAUGCGCAUGUGGGGCCUCGAGGUAAAGCAGCUAUUCGAUCUGUGGAGGUUCAACAGAAGCAGAGUAUUCUGGACAAAGUUUACGAUGUAUAUAUAUAUAUUUUACGGUUACCACUUCCAUUGUUUGUACUCAUCACCUUCUCCAGCCCCCUUGUCCUGAGCAUCCUUUUCACAGGUUUUUAUUUGCUGGAUGCGGAAGGCUUCCAGGUACCAGAAGGAGUUGCAGAGGUUUGGUGGGAUGGGGUAGUUCCAGGCUUUGUGGAGAAAAGUAUUCGGAUCUUCAUCUUCAGUUUCUCCCUGUCUACAACUUUUGGAGGUGCAAGAGUUGAAGCGCGGUCUCCGUAUGCCCUGCUUUUGGCCAAUCUUAACACACUCAUGGCUCAGCUCAUGUUUGUAUUCUUCAGCGGUGCUGUGUUUCACAGGCUUUCUCAACCUGUAGAACCUGUCCGGUGGUCUGCGGUUGCUCUUAUCACUGAUGAUCCGUACGCGGAGGCGGAGUCUCAUCUCCCUGGGCAUCCCGCUAACAAGACAUACAAGUCGUUCCUGAUACGUCUAAAUUUGGGGGAUCCGCAGCAACUAAUCCUGAUAGAGUGCCACUUCGAGCUCAUCUGUCAGCGUUUCCUUACUCUUCCUGGCCAACCCACGCCAUUCAUAACUGGAGUUAAUUUGAAGCUUGUUCGACCAAGAGUUCCAUACCUCAAAUAUGGCCUCUUUAUCCGCCACAUAAUUGACGAAGAAAGCCCUCUUUAUAAUCUGGACAUUGAGGCCUUGCACAGUCAAGACGUGUCGUUUAUGGCCACCCUUUCAGCUCUUGAGAAAUCCUCAAUGCAGCCGGUGUUCAGUGAGAUGUUAUACGCAGUUGCAGACGGAGACAUAGUGUGGGAUCAUCAGUUUGAUGAUCAGAUCAUGACGAACGAUGCAGGUCAACUGGUGUUUGACUUUAAGGCGCUUAACAAACUGCGGCCCAUGAAACUGGACGAGAUGAAAGGUGCUACACUUGGGAGUCAAAGUUAUAGAAAUUAACGCCGACAACAACACUACGUUGUGGUUGAUCACUCUCUUGUUUAUGUUUGUAGCAUGGAUUGCGUUCAGCUCAAUGUAUCACCGUACAUUGCAAUCAAUAGUUGCUGCCUCACCUGAUAUGGAUUUCACUGUGACACAAUUUGUUCAGGAUCAGAAGCUUGUUGUGAUUGGGUCUGAGAACUGAAGUACCACUUCUAAAUGCCACAUUCAUUAUUUAUUUUAUCAUUACUAUCUUAAGCUUAUGUGCA